CUCACUGCGCUGCAUGUGCAGAUGCCGGUCGUAAGGCAAACCACAUCAUGGGGGGGAAAACCUGUAAUCCCCCAUCCACACGUGGUAAAGCUCUCCCCCUAAGACCAACCGGGAGAGAGCAGGAGGCGCCUGAGGCCGAGAUGUCAGAGUAAUGCCAGGACAUCUCGGCUUCUUACAGGCGAACGUCAACCACUCUGCUGCGGCGCAGGAUCUUCUCCUGCAGUCAAUGGCGGAGUGGUUAGUUGAUGUGGUAGUGGUAGCGGAGCCUUAUUUUGUGCCUCCCCUGCCGCAUUGGGCAGGAGAUACGGAUGGCUCUGUUGCCGUUGUCUCCUGGCAGGUUAGUGGCCCCCCCCUCAUACCCAAAGCGAGGGGGCCGGGUUAUGUGGUGGCAGUCCGGGGAGAAAUUGCCAUUGUAGGCGUGUAUUUCUCCCCGAAUCAAAAUUUAGCGGCCCUGGAGCGAUUUCUUGACACUCUAGGGCCACUCAUAAGACGGUUGGCUCCUCUCCCAGUGGUUGUGGCGGGGGACUUUAACGCAAAGUCCUCAGCGUGGGGUUCCCCGGUCACAAAUCCUAAAGGGAGAGAAGUGGAAGAAUGGGCGAUGGUAACGGGGCUGUCUCUUAUUAAUCAUGGGACAGUCCCGACUUGCGUGCGAUGGAACGGGGAGUCAGUGGUGGAUCUGACUUUCGCCACGCCCGACAUCGCACGCAGUAUAGGAGGAUGGAGGGUGGUCACCGAGUUGGAGACACUCUCAGACCACCGUUAUAUUCGGUUUGAGGUGUCUCCGCCCUCCAGGUCGAGUCCGGCGUUGUCCAGAGGUCGUAGCAGAUUCCCGCGUUGGGCAUUAUCCGGGCUCGACCGGGAACUGGCAGAGGAGGCCGCAAUUGUCGGCCGCUGGUGUCUCCCGUCGACGUGGCAUGGUCAGGGGGUUGAUGAGAUGGCUGGCUGCUUUGGUGACGUACUCAAGAACGUCUGCCAGGCAGCCAUGCCAAAAGUUUAUGGUCCGCCCCCUCCACGUCGUUCGGUUUAUUGGUGGUCGGCCGAAUUGACGGACCUCCGCGCUGCCUGCAAUGCGGCGCGCCGCGCCUACGGACGCAGCAGGCGGCGCCGACCUCAGGACACGGAGCGAGAUGGUCGGCUGCACAGGGCCUACGUCGAAAAGAGGGAGACCCUGAAGCUGGCCAUGAGCCGAGCUAAAGAGGCAGCAUGGUUGGAGCUGGGCGCGGGAUAA